AGGAAACGUGAUUACCUGCACCAAAAUGUUCAGACAGGAUUCUCAGGGUGAAGUGCCAUUAUUCCAUGAGGAUGAAAAUGCAUCCAGUAAAUCAAACAUCAAACACCCUCUCGCCUGCUUUUUUCAUCUUUUCUUCCGCACAAGUGCCAUCAUGAUCUACCUCUUCUGUGAGUUUCUAAGCCUAAGUUUCAUCGCCAACAUGGUCACCAUCAUUUUACUUCUGUCAUCUGACUUCUGGACAGUAAAGAAUGUGACGGGGCGGCUGCUGGUCGGUUUGAGAUGGUGGAAUCAGGUAAAUGAAGAUGGAAGCAGUCACUGGAUGUUUGAAUCCAGAACGGAAGGCAGUAAAAGCAUCAUCUCAAGCUCAGAGUCAAAGAUUUUUUGGUUUGGUCUGAUCGUGUGUCCAGUGUUUUGGGUUUUCUUCAUGUUUAGCACUCUUUUGGCCUUCAACAUAAAGUGGCUGGCGGUUGUGAUCAUGGGAGCUGUCCUGCAGUGGGCUAACCUCUAUGGGUAUGUGCGAUGCAAAAUUGGUGGUGGAUCCAAACUGAAGAACAUGGCGACAAACUACUUUGGUCUUCAGCUCUUCAAAAAGGUAGUAAACAAACCAGACAGACCCUAAUUUGACUCUGCCUGGUCUAAUUUACUAAAAGAAGAUUUUUUUUCCUCUUUUGACUGGCUAUGCUGCACUGUAAAAAAAAAAAAAAAAACCAUUAAAAAAUCCUGUUGUUUAAAAAAAACAACAACAAAAAAAAACUGGCAGCUGUGGUUGCCAGAAUAAUUAUGUAAAAAAAUACAGGAAAAAUUUAAACAACUUUACAGAACAACCUGUAAAUGUUACAGUUUAAAACUGUUGUAAUUUACAUGACCAUGCUGGCACUGUAAAAAAGAAAAAGAAAAAACAAAUCUGUUAAAUUUACAGUAAAGAAUUGCAUAAACUUGAUAUUAACCUUCUGAAACUGUAAAAAUCUGCUUUUUACUUUAUAAGGUAUUUGUUAUUCACUGUAAAAAUUACUAAAGAGCACAUGAUGACAUGAAGUUCACCAAUAGUGGCUCUUCCAGGAGCAAUGACCAAUAGACAUGUAGAGACAGUGCUCAAUGUCACUCACACAAACACUAAACACCAUCAGGGUAACACAUGUGAAAUUAAAAUAAUGUAAUAAACAUUAACUAAACUACAUUAAAUAUAAAACAGAACUCCCCAAAGUACAUACCUGAUAUUAAAAAUAAGAAGAAACAAAACUAUAUGAUUGGUCAUGCAGGGAAUUGUGGGAACGCCCGAUUUAUUGUUUUUUACUGUAAUUUUAACAAUAAUUUACUGUAAAAAGUACAUGUACUCUCUUUUUAAUGUAAAUUUUUACCAUGAAUUAUACAGGAAAAUCAUACUUUUUAAAUAUUAUUGUAAAAACUACUGUAUUGUCUUAAAAUAUAUAAAAAAUGUUUACUGUAUAUUUUACAGUUAUAUUGUGUGGAAAUUGGAGUAAAAUUUGUAUAGAAAUUUAAAAUAAAAAAAUAAUGAAAAUACUGUGAGCAGUAAUCUUAAUAAUUAAGAUUAAAAGUAAUAAAAAAUAUUUUUGUCAAUAAUGUGAUAAAUCCACACAGGAUGUGCGUUCCUUCAGUUGGCCCACAGAUGUCUCUAUUGCUAUAUUUAUUAUUAUUAUAUAUUUUAUAUUUUUUUCUGUUCAAAAUCAAAUUAGUCAACAUUAGUAUUAGACUAUAUUUGUCAAGUGUAUUUUUUAUUUAUAUAUUAAAUUACACAAAUUAUUUUCUUUUUAGUAACUUACUAAAAAAAAUUAUUUAAAAGCAGAAAUUAGAAACGUGAGCAAAUCAAUAUUUAGAGUAUAUUAUUUUUGUUAUUAAAUAUAAAUAUAUAAAUGUAUAUAUUUUUUAAAUUAAAUAUUUAUAUAAAUAUAUAAAUUGUUUAGUCACAGAAUGGAAGGACUGACACAUCCACAUAAGUACAGUAUGCUGAUAACAAUUAAAUAUUUCAAUUUGCCAGGUGAAAAUCAUUUAAUAUCCCUGUUAGAAGAUUAAGGAUGGCAUGUUUGUCAUGUGCUGAAUUUUGCUCUCAUAAAAUAAUCAUCAAUUAUUGAGCGACUGGUCAUGAGUCAGGAGACUUGCAUGAAUAUGCCCAUAUCUGAAUUUUAUACUUCAUCAUUACAACAAUGGCACAGUAGCUCGCCAAUAUUGUACUUGUAAAUGUACUUGUUUUGUAGUCCAUAACUGAAGUUUGACCAAAUCAAUAAUGACAUCUACCCACAAUAAAAAUGACUUCCCUCAUGACAACUUUUGUUAGAUUGUCACUCAGAAAAAAAAUAGGUAAAAGUUAAAGCAUGCACGGGGUUUAUGAAGCUACAGAAUGAACAACAAACAUCAGGCGACAUCAUGUGCAGCCACUACAAAAAUAGGUAAUAGUGAUAUACAGCUUAAUCAAAAAUUUUGUGCUUGACAAACAAGCAGGGAAGUCCUAUUUAAAGUGCAAUAAUAAUAAUAAUAAUAAUUCCUUUGACUGUCUGAAGAAACAGCACGGUCUUUUUGUGCUGGUUCCACCUAGUGGCUGGAGUUUUAGUAGAAUAAUACACCUUUAGGACAGUUUUAUGGAUGAAGCUACACGUUCUUUGUGUUUAUUCUGCCUAUUGGCUGGAGUUUGUUUUAUAUAUUAUCUUCUGUUGUGUAAUUCUGUCUCACAAAAUUUGUAUAGAAACACUGGACUUGAGCAAUCUGACGGCAAAGUUGUCACGGAGAUUCUCUUAGGUGUACAUGGACUGUUUGAGUUUAGAGGGAUGGACGCCAGUUGGCGCUGUCAUGCGCUGGAUUAAUGCGCACGUUUUUCUUCUUUUUUUUUUCUAGGGGAUGUUUGGGGUUUGAUUGUUGCACUAAUGCUGGAAUGUGGUCUUUAUAAUCUUGUUUUUGACACACAAUCUAUUUUUUCUAAUAUGUCAAAAUGUCUAAUGUUAAUAUGAGUGGAUUGUCUCUCUCCAUGUGGAAUGUGAAUGGGUUGGGUCACCCCAUAAAAAGAAGGAAGGUUAUUUCUCUUCUAUAUCAUAUUUCUUAUGCUUAAGUGUUUCUUCAAGAAACGCACCUUUCCCAGCUGGAAGCUGAAAAAUUUGGAAAGAUAUGGGGUGGGCAUUUUUCUUUUUUUUUUAUAGUACUGGCUCAAGUAAGAGCAGGGGGAUGGAGCUUUAACUUCUAUCAAGAGAUUAUGGGAGAAAGAUUUGAACUUGGUAUUGGAGGAGGGAGUGUGGGCUAGGAUUCUAAAACAUGUCAAGUCUGCAUCUAGAGAUGUAAGGGUGCGCCUUAUGCAAUUCAAGAUUUUACAUCGAUUCUAUCGGACCCCCUCUAGAUUGUAUAGGCUUGGUCUUAAAGACACACCCACCUGCUGGCGAUGCCAAUCAGAAGAUGGAGAGACAACCCAUAUUUUUUGGUGGUGUGUUAAGAUCCAAAAAUUUUGGUUGAGGGUUCAGAGUUGUAUGUGUGAUGUAUUGGGCACUUUUUCCCCAGAUUCUGUAUUUUAGGAGAUGGGGCAGUCAUCAAUAUAUAUAAAAAUUUGGGUUCUAACCAGUGUCAUGAUCUGCAGACAAACUGUUUUAAGGGGAUGGAAGUCGGCUGGAGCGCCCUCAUUUCAAUAAUAUUGCACGGAGAUGGUGGUGGCUUUCAAGGAAGCAUCAUGUAGAAUGCUGGGGAGUUGGGAUUCAUUUGAUGGGAAAUGGGGCAGCUAUUUGGUGUUUUUGGAGGGCUCUCAGGGAGGGGCAGUGGAGAGAGAAGUUUAGUUUUAAAUGUGUGUGAUUUAUAUAUAAUGUGUGUGUGUGUGUGUGUGUGUGUGUGUGUCUAUAAACAAGUGUGACCACAGGGAUGUUGUUGAGAGUCGGGAGGGGUAAUAGUGGGGGUUAAAUGUUGAUUCUGUGUGUGUGUAUAUAUAUAUAUAUAUAUAUAUAUAUAAUCACACACAUAUAUAUGUGUGUGUAUAUGUUUUGCUUU